GUUGUGAGUCAAAUCAACUUUCUUGGUGUGGGUGGCCAUUGCUGUAGUUGAAGAUAUUCCCGUCGUCCACCACCUACGCCAAAAAAACUCCCAAUUGCACACCAGAACAGCAAUAUGGCUCAAACAAGCAGCGCCUCAACUGGGGAUCUCACCACAGAGAUCCUCCAGGCUCUUUCCCAGAAGGACCCCAUCAACUCGACCGAGGCUUUCCCCCAGAUCCCCUUCGAGUUCAUCAAAGCCGCCCUCGACCGUCUCGCUUCCCGGUCUAUGGUCAAAUACGAACAAAUCGAGCGCGAAGAGGCCUUCUUGGAACCAGAGGCUGAGAUUAUCGUCAGCCACGGCAGUCACGAGGCCCGUGUCUUCGAUGCGGUGCACAAGGCGUUGGAAGGCUUGUCGAUUCAGGAUUUGGAAAAGGAGAUCGGCGACAAGACAGUGACCAAGCUUGGUCAGGGCAAGGCUUUCAAGGAGAAGUGGAUCAAGAAGGAUGGUAGCAAGUUGGUUGCGUUGGUCGACUCGAUCAACGAUGUUACGAGGGAUCAACUCAGGGUGAUCAAGGAGACAAAGACACACGAUGCCAAGAUUAUUGCCGACCUGAAGAAGCGCAAGCUUCUUAAGCUCCAGAAGGUCAUUUCCUUCACGAUACACAAGGCCGAGAAGUUCGCCCUCGAAAUGGUCAAGGAGGAGACAGAUCUUACCGCCGAGAUGCUGGCAUCUGGCGCGUGGAAGGAGGCUACUUUCAAGCCAUACAACUUCAAGGCACUGGGUGCUGAUCAACAUGCUGGUGCCCUUCACCCCCUGAACAAGGUCCGCUCUGAGUUCCGUCAAAUCUUCUUCGAGAUGGGCUUCACAGAAAUGCCUACCAACCAGUUCGUCGAGUCUGGCUUCUGGAACUUCGACACACUCUUCGUCCCUCAGCAGCAUCCUGCUCGUGAUCUCCAAGAUACUUUCUACGUCUCAGACCCACCAAAGGCCGGCAGACCUACUGCCACUGGUCCAGAUGACAAGGCGGACUAUGAGGAGUAUUUCAAGAACGUACAACAAGUCCACCAGGACGGCAAGUAUGACUCGAUCGGUUACAGAUAUCCCUGGGCUGAGGAUGAGUCGCUAAGACUUGUUCUGCGGACACACACCACUUCCGUUUCUGCUGCCAUGCUGCACAAGCUCGCGCAACAGAAGGACGAGAAUGGGCGUGUGCCACCAGCGCGGUACUUCUCUAUCGACAGAGUCUUCAGGAACGAGACAGUCGAUGCCACACAUCUUUGCGAGUUCCACCAAGUAGAGGGCGUCAUUGCUGAUUAUGGCCUGACCCUCGGUGGCCUGAUGGAGUUCAUGGAUAUGUUCUUCGGCGCCAUGGGUGUCACAGAUUUGCGUUACAAGCCUGCUUACAACCCGUACACUGAGCCAUCGAUGGAAAUCUUCUCCCACCACAAGGGCCUCAACAAACUCAUCGAAAUCGGUAACUCUGGUAUUUUCAGGCCUGAGAUGUUGGAGGCGAUGGGUCUGCCCAGGGACUUGAGGGUGUUCGGUUUCGGUCUGAGUCUGGAGAGACCAACUAUGAUCAAGUAUGGUAUCUCCAACAUUCGCGAGCUCCUCGGCCACCAAGUCGACCUGAGUUUCGUGCAAAAGAACCCGGCCGUUCGUUUCGACAAAUAGGUGAAUCUACGAUAGACGGGGGAAAAUCAAAAGAUCAAAACAUGUAAACAGUCAUGUCCAAAAACUGUCCACAGAUGAAUGUGGUGCCGAAAGAAAUGUUGUGUAACGAUGCCACCGCAGUCCAGGCAGCGGCAUUAUCUAU